AUGGCGGACCGAAGUCCCUUGAGCAUUGACACCACCAAUGAAGCCCCUGUUCCUUCGAUUGCGGCGGCCUUCUUGGUUAACUUUGACCAUCGUAAAGGAUACACCUUAGUAUGGCACAGGUCGAUCGACGGAGCCCAGGUCGAGGGCGUUGUCGAGUUCAAAUCAUUACCUUCGGGCUUACACAACGUCGAGGAGGAUCUGGUAUACUUCAUCCACGAUGAAUACAGCGGUCUCAGCGCAUUUAUCAACAAGCCUGAUGGGCAGUCCGAACGGGCAGCGCGCAUGUUGGCCAUUGGUGUGCUGGUCCCCCUUGAUCACGGUCGUACCGGCCGCAGUUGGCGUCAUGCGGCAGCUCUGCAGGCACUCGCAAGCAGGACGCAGAUUCAGAAUGUCGAAGACACCACCGCCCUCGAAGAAUACUGGGAGAAAUACAGGCUUGGGCCGGAAGAGCAGCCGGAACAAGACGAUGACGAUUUGGGCACCCGACCACCCGCAUCUGGGUACCGAAAAUCUCGGUCAAUGAGUAUAGCGACCACAUUCUUGUCGUCGCACCACGCCUUGACGCCUCACCAUCCUGCCCUGACCUUACUAGAGUCGGUGGAUCUGUUCGGUCCUCUCCUGUUCCCCCUCUACCGGGCGGCCUUACUCCGCAAGCGCAUUUUAAUCGUCGCAGACACUCCCGUUCAGUCCAGUUGUAAUCUUGUAUAUAAUAUGUCCAUUUUGUCAUCUGUAUCAAAAGCACUGCUUCCAUACUUGCCCUCGGCCGACACCCCAAGCCUUCGACUUCGGCCGCUGUUCACCGUGGGGGUGGGGGACAUUCCACAACUUGAAGCUGGCCAACGCUCUCCAGAGUCUACCAUAGCUUUCAAUGACGGUUGGAUUGCUUGCACGACUGACGAUGUGCUGGGGACGAAGCCGAAGCUUUACGAUGUCCUCGUGGUGAUGCCUGAAGCUGGGUCAGAAAACGCUGCUAAAAAGGUGUUUCCUAGGAUGGUGGUGUCUGAUCCGGAACUCACAAAGUGCAUUCCUAGAGUAGGCAUCAGAUCCACCUGGCGAGAUUUCCAACGAUUUGUGCGUCUCCGACAAGGUCUCGGCCAGUUCGUGCCGAGCAGAACGACCAACGGCCUGAUGGGGAACGAUGCCGACGAGUGUCUGUUAUUUCCGUCCAAAGCAUCGUCAUACUCGGUGAACAAGGCGGUUGUGGAGCCUCCAUCAUGGUCUCGAGUGGCUUAUGACUCUCUUGUGUGGUGGGCAUCUGCUGGAGACAGACGCGGCGGAUUCACCGAGACGGAAGAAGCGGAAACCGAGCAAGAUCUGGCACUCUUGCGAGACGAAGGUGACAGCGACAACGAACAGAGUCGGGAGGUGGCACUGGUGGCGUACUUUCAUCGCAUGACAGAGGUCAUGUUCCAAACCAUUGCCGAAGCCAUCACACGAACCGAUGGGAAUGAAUCAGGGGCCAGGUCAUACCAGGAUGAUGACGAUGAUGACGAAGAGGAGGACAAUUCAGGCUCAAUCGACCAAGACACCAUGCAGCCUGGGAGUUGCGUCGAGGAAGAGGAGACACAGGGUCUUUUAGGCGACCAAGGCGAGCAACGCGAGGGCGAAGUUGAGAUUGGUCGUGAAGACAUGGCAGCCAUGGGUCUGGACAGUUGGAGUGCGUCUGACCGAGCGUUCGUUGAGGAAUUGGUGCGUCUAUGGUGGGGACGCAAGGCGACGGUGCGACCGACAUCGAUUGAAUGCUGCGGACUGAGGAUUUACUAA